UAGCUACAUACAUCUGAGCAUCCCGUCUCCAGUGUUCGCAAGGUUCUGGCAAAAACUUCGCGUUGCUACUUUCUGGGCGGCCCGCAAACUCAUCCUCAUACUUUUGUAUCUACUAGUCUCUUCCCCCAACAGAGUAAAUUUGCCAGUAAGACGGAAAAAAAACUACACAUUCUUUGUCGGACAACGCCACAAGCAUCCCCCCAGCAUCCCCUGCCAUUGCAUUGCCUUAUUUCUGGCUUCGCUGAUUACAAACACGGUCUCUUUGAAAGUUUGCAUCUUCCACCCCCAAGGCGGCUUUUCCCGAUCCCCCUCCCAAUCCUGGCACCACCGGGACUCGAGACCCAACGCAGGCCAAGUCAGCCCAGAAGAUUGCUUUGCAACCCGAAAACACCCCAAUUUAUAGAUCCAAAUGUCUCCGCCGUCUAUGCUCGGAAUAAGGGACCUCCUCAAUGAGGGCAGCUCGCCCGAACUGGUCUCGCACAGCUCGGACGACGGCUCCAGAUUCACAUCGCACGUGGGCUCCGAGCCCAAGUUGGAGGUCAAUAGCUGCAACCACAGAAUCGACAAGCUUUACCGGACCCGCGUGCACCCUGCGUUUCUCAAGCACCACAGGCUUUUGGACAUUGCAUUGCGCCGCAAACUGGCGCCCAAACGCACGCCCUCGGCCGCCAACUGCGGCCUGAAGCUCCACCGCAAACUGCUUGAGGCAGGCCUCCGCGUGCGCUUGAUAUCGGCCCCUUCCAUAUACGAGAUCUACUACCAGCUCACGCCGUUGACGUCGCACAGCAAGCAGCUAUAUCGAAUCUUGGCCGACAAGACGCAAUACACGCUCCGAGCCGAGGACGUGAGCCUGGACUUGGUGUCCAUGCGAAGCGGGCCCGGAGGGCCGCGCCAAUCCGGCCUGGUGAAAACAGAAACGGGCUCAGUAAAAACAGAAACGGGCCCAGCAAAAACAGAACCCGGCCCCGGCUCGCCCAACAGCUCCCCGCCAAGUGCACACGCAGGGCCGCCUGCAGAAAUGCUCCAGCCGGGCAAGUUGACGGCCCGGACCGUGCGGCUUAUAGACAGCAACUUGGUCAACUUGGCUGGCGUGCCCUCCAAGGUCUUGAAAUCGCUUACCUACGACAAGUCCACCACGGAGCUGGGCGGGUCGGUAAGCGACCGCCCCGAGGAGUUGGUGCGGACGUUCAACAACUUGGACACGGCCGUUUCGUCCAUGUUUGCGGCGCAGAAGUACUCGUUGGUGCGAGUCACGAAAUGCGCCGCCUCCAACAGCGAGGCCUCGGCCCUUGUCAAGCUCGAAACCGCGCAGCCAGGAGACCCGUCGUUGAUUGACGACGGCGAGUUCAUCGAAGACAUGGUGGCGUCGUUGGGCCAGCCCGACCUGGUGCCCUCCAACCUCUUCAUCAAGAAGGUCAUCGCCAGGCCGCGGUACAAGGUGGACAUGAAGCUCUAUUUCGUGCCCACCGGCACGCCGAUGCUGUUGUACGUGGUCUCCCGUGCGUUCGAGCGCGAUCUUAUAAACGGCAUCAUCGACAUCCAGUCCACUCCGGACAGGCACAUCUGCACCACGUUCGACCCGGCGCCCAUCUUGGAUACAGUGAGGCGCCUAGUAUGGCAGAGCACGGGCUACCGGGCGGCGUUUGACGAGCACGUGCCCAACCACAUCACCGAGAAUCUUCAUAAAUACUUCAUGGACUUGCCAGCCGAGCAGGAUAGUGAAGAUAGCUCGCAGACAUCUUCGACUCCGGCCUCGCGCUCAUCGAUGUUCUCGUUGUCCAACGACUCCAUAGAUUCCUCGGGCUUCUCGCUCAUCUCCUCCGCCUCCAGCGUUGCGGGAAAGUAGAACACGGGGCCACGUUCACGAAAGUUAUGACUUGUUUAUUUCAUUGUUUGAGUUUUUGUGCUGGGUUGCUUGUGACGUCACUUCCGCGUUGCGGGUUUUCUGACACAGCGCCGUGCCGCUCCCUAGAAAGACGAGAAGGCGCCUUCCCCACAUGGAAGCGAGAUCGUUGCGUCAGAGUGAGUGGCAGCCCAUGAUACAUGUGUAUUUUAGAAAUGGGGUUUUCAAUUCCAUAAUAUUCAUUUAUUCUUCGUAUUUCGAAUCUAGUUUCCCAUUCGCGCACCAAUCCCCAACCAGCUCCGUUUAGACACUCAAAGAAACCGUCUCCGUGGUGAUCAUGUCCUUGAAAGGAGCCAAGGCCUCGGCAACG